UGCGAGCUCCAGCCUCACUGCACUACCCUGACAACCACGCAGUUUGGAAUUGCACAACAUGGCGGAGGUGCCUCGGUAGGACUGAUUGACGGACUGACACAAACCAGCCAGGGAGGCCCUGCAGGCGAUUUGACUCUGGGAGAGGAGCAGGAGACAUAGCAUAUAUUUUCCAAGGAAGCAAAGUUGCAACCCAGCUUGCACAGAAGAACCAUCCUAAGAUGAGGUGUGUAACCAGCAAGGAUUGCACUCCUGUUUUACAGAGCACAAUGGAGCCUCCCAAUCCUCAGUACACGAAGACUUUGAUAUGCUGGAAAAAGCGAGUGCGUCUAGAAUACAUGCGACUUCAACAACUAAAGCGAUUUCAGACAAAAACAGCAGCCACAACUCUGUACGUUGAAAGUUUGGCAAAAGCCCAGGAAAGGAUAAACCUCUUAAAUGAAGAUUGGCAAAAGCUUAGAAUACAGCCAGUGCCGAUGAUGAAGCCUUCACAUGGACUUCCUUUCUUAAAAAAGAGCACAGUUGAAAGUAUCUUCCCAGGAUUCCCAGUUCAGAGCAUAUGCAUGAUGUCCUUGAACACUGUGGCUCUUGUUCCCAUUAUGUACUCUUGGUCUCCCCUGCAGCAAAACUUCAUGGUGGAGGAUGAGACUGUAUUGUGUAACAUUCCAUACAUGGGAGAUGAGGUGAAAGAGGAAGAUGAAACCUUUAUUGAGGAACUUAUUAAUAACUAUGAUGGGAAAGUACACGGGGAAGAAGAGGUGGAUAUCCCAUCUGCUUUGUCAACAAGUCCACGUUUACAUGACCGUGAGCGAGUGUUCAGGUAUGGCCACUCCUUCUCUGCAGGACGAAACAGCUCCAUAAAAUCAGGUUCUGGUCUCCUGGAUGACAUAUCCUUCCUGGAACUGAUGGAAGCUCUUCUCCAAUACAAUGAUGAAGAAGACACUGGACGAAAUUACCCAGUGGAGUCCAAAGGAGAUGAUGUGAAGGGGGAUGGGCCAAUGACUCGAAAACGGAAGCGAAUUGCUGAAGAAGGUGAGUCACAGACAAGCCCAGGAAAUAAUUCUGUCUUAAUAAAGGCCCCAGAAAUCAAAGAAGAUGGGGAAGAGAGGGCUUCAGUUCAGAGCAAAACCAGAGGCAGCAAGAGAUCCUAUAAAAGUAAUAUAUCUAAUGAGCUCAUCUUCAGUGCAAUAUCCGCUGUGUUUCCAGAGAGAGGAUUCCCUGAGGAAGUGAAAGAGAGGUACCGUGAGUUAACAGAAGCUUCAGAUCCCAAUGCCUUACCUCCUCAGUGUACGCCUAACAUCGAUGGGCCAAGCGCCAAAUCCGUGCAAAGGGAGCAGUCUCUACACUCCUUUCACACACUAUUCUGUCGCCGCUGUUUUAAAUACGACUGCUUCCUGCACCCAUUCCAUGCAAGUCCUAAUGUGUAUAGGAGGAGGAGUCGAGAAAUAAAGAUUGAGACAGAGCCCUGUGGAAUUCACUGCUUCUUGUUGCUUGAUGGAGCCAAAGAGUAUGCCAUGAUGAACAACCCUAGAUCCAAAUGCUUAGGGAGACGUCGCCGGAAAAAUACUUCAGUCUCUGCUUCUGGUUCCAGUACUUCAACCUCCGCUGUUUCAGAAGCCAGGGAAGGCGACAGUGAUAGAGAAACCAGCAAUGAAUGUGCUUCCAGUUCUUCAGAGGCAAAUUCUCGUUGCCAGACCCCCACCAAGCAAAGGCAGGGCAGCUUGUCUGGGGAACUUCCUGAUGUUUCAGAGCCCAGCGAACCUGUGGAGUGGUCUGGAGCAGAAGAAUCUCUCUUCAGAGUCUUCCAUGGAACCUACUUCAAUAACUUUUGUUCCAUAGCUCGUCUUAUGGGCACCAAGACAUGCAAACAGGUUUUCCAGUUUGCUGUAAAAGAUUCAUUAAUUCUGAAAGUGCCAGCUAAGGAGCUAAUGAAUACGGCUCAGAAGAAGAAAAGGAAGCACAGGUUGUGGGCUGCUCACUGUAGAAAGAUUCAGCUUAAAAAGGAUAAUUCUGCUAAUCAAGUUUACAACUACCAGCCCUGUGACCACCCAGAUCACCCAUGUGACAGCACAUGUCCCUGUAUUAUGACCCAAAACUUCUGUGAAAAGUUCUGUCAGUGUAACCCAGACUGUCAAAACCGAUUUCCUGGGUGCAGGUGUAAGACUCAGUGCAACACUAAGCAAUGCCCCUGUUACCUGGCUGUGAGAGAGUGUGACCCAGACCUUUGCCUUACUUGUGGGGCAUCUGAGCACUGGGACUCCAAGGUUGUGUCAUGCAAGAACUGCAGCAUUCAGCGAGGUUUGAAGAAACACUUGCUCUUGGCUCCAUCAGAUGUUGCUGGCUGGGGAACCUUCAUUAAAGAGUCUGUCCAGAAGAAUGAAUUUAUCUCCGAGUAUUGUGGAGAGCUAAUUUCUCAAGAUGAAGCUGACCGGAGAGGAAAAGUUUAUGACAAAUACAUGUCCAGCUUUCUAUUCAAUCUCAACAAUGAUUUUGUUGUCGAUGCUACUCGUAAAGGAAACAAAAUCCGCUUUGCAAAUCACUCUGUAAAUCCUAAUUGUUAUGCUAAAGUGGUCAUGGUGAAUGGCGACCAUCGGAUUGGCAUAUUUGCCAAAAGGGCUAUUCAAGCUGGUGAAGAAUUGUUCUUUGACUACAGAUACAGCCAGGCCGAUGCUCUGAAAUAUGUUGGAAUUGAAAGAGAGACUGACAUCAUAUAAUAUUCACCCACCUUGGUACUCUCAUGUACUUUGUCACUGUGUCAAGUGGCAUUCUUGUGUAACACUACUCUGUAACACUCUUGUAUUGAAUGUGUUUGCUUCAUGCAGUGAGUUGUGUAUAUACAUUUCUUGUUAAACAAAUCUUCUGUAGAAUGUGAAGGUACCAUGAAAACUAGUUAUUAAAACACAACUUAGAUUGCAUCGUUUAACAAGCUUAAAAUACUAAUUAAUAAUAGGUGCUGCCUGGCAAAGUAUGAUUAAAGGCUAAAUACAACCAGAGGUGCAUAGCAUAGGCUACGCGUACAGACCAUGCACAGAAAAUAGACAAAUUCAUUUCACACAUCCUGAAAUUCUCCAAUUACCAUAACACACUUUACUCAUUGCAUGGAGUAUGAGGCAAGGAGAUCCCCUGUACUCCUCUAUGUGUAGUUCUGUACUUCCUUCUUUGACCAUAAAAAUAUUUGCAUAGUCUGUGCUAGCUGAGUGGUAAAUGGCUCAAGGAAAAACUUUGGAAAGCUGCAUUCCCAAAGCUGAAUGGAUCUAUUUAGAAGCGGACAGCAGAUACGGAAUACCUGCUUUCAGCUUCUUUAGCAGUUCCACUUGUUAUAUCUGAAGCAACAGCUUCAGCUCAUUGGCUCAUGCAACAACAUCAAUGGAUUCAUAAUAUGUACUCUGUUUUAUGGUAGUUCACAAUCAGGUUGUGAUUGCUAAGGGCCAGUAUUUACGCCAUGUGUGCAAGCAGCUGCUAAAUGGGAUUAUCCAUGGAUCAAAAUAUAUGUGUGGAGGUGUAGUUUAUGCAGAUGAAUUGCAUAUACAUAGUGAUCUAAAAGAACUCUCCAAGUACCAUAAUGACUACAGUGCACUGUAUAGGUUAGAGUACCAGCAGUGUUCUGGAGCCCCCCCCCCAUUUUAAUGACUCAAAUAACUAUAGAACUGUUUGACUUCUUACCUUGUGUCCGUUGUCCCUACCUUGGACUGCUGUUCACUGCUCCAUCUCCACUACUUCCUGUGGAGAGCCGGAAGCUCACAUGUUCUGACCUAAGCCGCCAGAUCAAAGACCUAGCCCUGCUCAGGGCUUUGUUCAGGAAAGCUUCCAGGAGCUGCCAGCUCUCCUUUGGACAUAGUGGAGCAAGAAACAGACUCUCGGUAAGAAGUCAAACUGUCAUACAACUGUUUGACUACUUAGAAAGGAAUGUGUCAAAGCACUCCUGUCACAAUAAACACUACAUCAAGCUGUUGUGGUUAUGGUGCUUUGAGUGUUUCUUUAAUUUAACAGAAAUGAACAGUGAAAAUGCAGGGGUAUGAUCUUUACAUCAGAGCUUAAAAAGAGAUCCAGCUACAAGAAAGAAAAAACCUUAAUAACACCUCCCCAGUGUAUCCCCACACAAUACACACUGUAAACAAAGGUAUUCACUUCACAAAAUGUAACAAUCACGUGAGGUGUUUUUUUUUAAUAACAGUAUAAUAGCUGUGUGAGCACAAUAACAACUCAGACUACCUACUGCCAAAUGCAGCAAAAUCGAUAAGUCAAUACAAUUCAAAUUGUCUGCCUAUAAAAUGAAGACUAUAACGUUAAAUACCUCACUAUUUGCUUGGCAGCAUUUAAUAUUAAUAUAUAUCCAGAGAAUGAAAUAGCACCAUUUAAAAAUCUCUAAGUUAAAUCACACCUCUAUUUGUGGCAUGAAUAAAAACAGGAUUUAACUUUAGGGCUCUUUGUAUCAUUAUUGGUCAAAUACAGACCGAUUAUUCAGCAUAAAAGAUAAAGACAGAAUAUAGCCUAACACCAUUUAUUAAAGGGCCAACUAAAAACACAAUAGUCAUAUACCAUUUAUAAUGGGACCUGAUAAAGGUUUUAACAUGACAACGUGCACUUCAGUAUUAAGAUCUUCAGCUAUAAAACCUCCACGUCUGGCUCUCCUGUUCCCCCUAGUUAGCUUGCAAGAAGAUACUUCUAGUUCAGAGUCUCAAAGGGACGCCACCCUUUUUUGGCUUUAAUGAAACUAACCCUUAGUUUCAGGUCUCAGGACUCACUGGAUUAAUGAUGUCAUAUGGAACGGUACCACCCUCCAAACAUGCUUUCUCAAAGCAAUACCAUUUUAGUCCUUAAAUUAAAAAAAAAACAAAAAACUUUUAGUGCUGCUAAAUUAAGGUAUCCUCAAAUACUCAGUCCCAAACUCUCUUUAUUAUUGAAGUCUAUAGACCGGUAAGCAGCACAGAGGGAGCCCCUGCGCUGGAAAAAUGUGAGUAAAUCCAUAAUGCAGACCCAUUGGGUUGUGUAAAAAUACCUACACAACUCAAUGGGUCUGCAUUAUGAUGCUCGACUUAAUUGUAUUACCGGUACUUUUUUCUAAUGUGUUAGUUUAUUCUUCCAAAAUUUCUAGUGGUGCAGCCAACUAGACUUUCUCCACUCCAGUAGAUAAAUCACUUUAGAGGAAUCACAGGUUAAAUAAUUUAUUAUUUUCAUGCUCUCUUUUUAAUGUUCUUGACUUAAAAGAGAAGCAGUUUUUAUUUAUACUGCAUUAAGUACUUUUACAAGUUUGGCAGUUGCCACAGUAAU